GAAAGUGAAUCGACUGCAUAUUUUGUGGGACGAAUAUAGUGUAAAGUCAACAUAUAAAAAUUUAUAUGCAAUUGAGAAAAGUGAUUGGUUCUAAGCUGAACUCAUAAAGCACAAUAGGGAGGCUGUUUGGUUUUCAGAAGUGGAACUUUAACCCAGAUACGAAAAAGGGGUGCGUGGAUAAAAAUAUCUGGCUGCUUUUCAUGUGGAAAUCGUUCUCAGUUGUUGCUGCAAGUCAGUGAAAGAUUACACGCUGAAGAUGGUAGUUGCCAAAUUGUGGACACUGCGCAAGCACUUUGAGGGUUUCCCUAAGAAAGAUGACUUUGAACUAAAGGAGGAAGAAUUGCCGGAGCUCAAGGAUGGAGAAGUGCUGCUUGAGGCUGUGUUUCUCAGUGUGGAUCCCUAUAUGAGGCCUUACAGCAAGAAAAUAAUGAAGGAAGGUGACAUAAUGAUCGGCACACAGAUAGCCAGGGUCUCGGCAAGUAACAAUUCCAAGUUCCCAGUAGGUUGUUAUGUGGUGUCAAGUAGUGGGUGGAGAACACACACAAUUUCAGACGGAAAGAAGAUAGAGUUAAUGCUCGCUGACUGGCCAGAGAAUAUAUCUAGAUCCCUAGGUCUGGGAACUGUGGGCAUGCCAGGGUGCACUGCUUACUUUGGCCUUCUGGAAAUCCUUCAGAUAAAACCGGGGGAUGUCCUGCUGGUCAAUGCUGCCGCUGGAGCUGUUGGGAUGUCAGUUGGACAAAUUGCUAAGAUAAAGGGCUGUAAAGUAAUCGGCUGUGCAGGAACAGAUGAGAAGGUUGCUCUGCUAAAGCAAAUGGGGUUCGAUGAAGCAUUCAAUUACAAGACUGUCAAAUCACUUGACUCUGCUCUGAAGCAAGCCUCACCCGAUGGCUAUGACUGCUACUUUGACAAUGUAGGAGGAGAGUUUUCUAAUGUUGUUAUAAACCAGAUGAAACAAUACGGGAGGAUUGCAGUGUGUGGAGCAAUCUCUGGCUACAACGAUGUUGAGCCACAAAAAGGUGCUUACAUCCAAGCUCCCAUGAUCUUUAAGCAGCUUCGGAUGCAGGGAUUCGUUGUUUCAACGUGGAAUAACAGAAGGGAAGAAUCUGAAAAGGCAUUAAUGGCUUGGGUUAAGGAGGGUAAACUGAAGUCCAAGGAACACAUCACGACAGGCUUUGAGAAGAUGCCCGAUGCCUUCAUGGGAAUGCUGAAAGGAGAAAACAUUGGAAAGGCUGUGGUGAAAAUCUAGCCUUAAUCUCAAUCUUACCUUAAAUGUUAAAUAUUGUGAAAUUUUCAUCCAUGUGGUCGUCAGUUCCCGUCUUGAUUUUUCCAAUACAAUCCUUGCUGGUUUCUUUAGCUUCACUAUUAACAAGGUUCAAAUGAUUCAAAGCUCUGCCAACUGUGUCCUCACCUGUAACAGUCUCCACCCUGCCAUCACCCCUGUUUUCUUCAGGAUCAAUUUCACUUUCAAAUCUCUUCAUGCCUUGGCAUCUCCCUAUCCCUUCGAUCGGCUCACACCCCCACUCCACUACCAAUAACUUGUGUAAAACCUUGCCUUUUAAGCUCAAAGUUCCUCAAAACUGAGGUUAAGUUGUGAAUCAACACAUUGAGAUUUCACCACAGCAGCCACAAUAAAAUAUUCUUAUGCAAUGGCUUCCUUCAAUUUCUUACCCAGCUCGGGUCCGUAACCCUGUCUGUCCAGUGCCUUGGGAUGUCCUCCCGACAAUAAAGGUGCUAUACAAAUGUAAUUUUGGUGGUGGUGGUGUUACUCUGUCUUGUCGAGUUUCAAAGACGAGAAUGUUUUCAACAGGCAACAACCUGUUCAUUGUUCACCUCUUACACUCCUUCAAUUCUACAACUUCAUAUGUUUAGUGGAGUAAAUGUAACCAGAAGGGAAUCCAGGCAAGAACUUUGAUAAAAUGUAUUGUGCAAUGAU